ACAAAACCCUAACCCUAUUUAAACCGUAGAAAAUCCUCCAAAUGCAUUUUCCGUCUCUCCACAGCCAUGGCCAACAGAUCUCUCCUCCUCUCUCUCCUCAUCCUCCUCUCCCUCUCCAUCUCUGUCUUCUCUCACGGUGGAUCCCACGAUCACGACGAUGGCGACGCGGAUGCGGCAUCGGACGGUCACGAUCUGAGAUCGAGGCCACUGAUUCUCGUCAAGAUCUGGUGCUUGAUCAUCGUCCUCGUCGGGACCUUUGCUGGUGGGGUAUCGCCCUACUUCUUCAAGUGGAAUGAGGGGUUCCUCUUGCUGGGGACGCAAUUCGCGGGGGGAGUGUUCUUAGGGACAGCCCUGAUGCAUUUUCUCAGUGAUUCGGCGGGAACGUUCGGGGAUCUGACGGAUGUCGAGUAUCCGUUUGCGUUCAUGCUUGCUUGCGCUGGGUAUUUGAUGACGAUGAUGGCGGAUUGCGUUAUCUCGCAUGUUUAUGCGAAGAGUGGCAGUGGAAGGGAUGUGGAAAACGGAGGUGGGAGUGUUCAGCAAAGUAAAGUCAGUGGUAAUGGUGGAUACUCACAAUCUCAUGGUCAGGUCAAUGACGGAAGGGAAACUCAAUUUAUAAAACCACUUCCUACGGUUGGUUCAUUCGGUGAUAGCGUUUUGCUGAUUGUUGCGCUCUGUUUUCACUCUGUAUUUGAGGGCAUUGCAAUUGGAGUUGCAGAGACUAAAGGAGAUGCUUGGAAAGCCCUAUGGACUGUUUGCUUACACAAGAUAUUCGCUGCCAUUGCAAUGGGCAUAGCUCUCCUGCGGAUGAUUCCUGGCCGCCCUUUCUUAUCAUGUGCAGCCUAUGCUUUCGCCUUUGCCAUCUCCAGCCCUGUCGGGGUUGUCAUCGGCAUUGUAAUAGAUGCCACAACACAGGGGGCUGUGGCUGACUGGAUAUACGCCAUCUCGAUGGGUAUUGCUACUGGGGUUUUUGUAUACGUCUCGAUAAACCAUCUACUCUCCAAAGGAUUCACACCACAGAGACCUGUCGUGGUCGACGCUCCUUUUUACAAGUUCUUGGCCGUGACAUUGGGUAUUGGGGUCAUUGCUGUUGUGAUGAUUUGGGACACAUGACCCUUGGGCUGAGAUGGUCCCCUGAAGCCCUCGUAUUCCCUUGAGAUGACUUCUCCUUAGCAGAAAGGGAAUGUUCAGAAUCUCAAAGUGUGGAGCCCAUCUAAUCAGGUUCCAUAAAUCUCUCUCCUGUAAAGAAAAAUCAGUGCACUUUCUAGUUAUAUGCAUGAUGUAAGUCAGAAAUUUCAGAGAAAUGGUUCUUAAUAUAUUACAGAUGUUGUUUUAAUUAUA